CCGAAAACUCUCACCGCAUUUAUGCACUUGUUGAGAAUUUUUAACCGAGUUAUACUAUAUUAAUUAAUACCUUCUUCCAUAGUCUAAAUAACACUUAUACUUACCUGAUUUUGUAAGGAAAAGCUUUAUAAAAUUGCUUUUUAAUUUGCAAUUUACUUAAUGUCAUAUUUAGAAUUAGAAGAUCUAAUCGUUCUUGGAGACGUGAUAUUAUAAAACGCACAAUAUCUAUGCCUGCGUAUUCAAAAAACCUUUCCUAUGGAAUUGCACUCAGAGUAAUGGGGAAAAUUUAGAAAACGAAUUAAAAAGGUUAUUUGCAUGCAGAUCUUAUACUCAUGAUAUUAUCUUUUUUAUACUAAAAAUGAUUUUAAAAAAGGAUCAGUAUUGAACAGUAAAUAGGAUUCAUGUUGUGCGUAAUAAAUAAUUAAAAAAGUGUUUUCUGUACGAUUUAUAUUAUUAAUGAACUAUUCGUGCAAUUAGUGUUUAAUGCUUCCUAGCAAAAGGAAAUAUUAUUGAAGGCAAUAUUAUUUUAUGUAGGCAACAUAUGACAUAACUUUUUAUGUUGUGUCAUAAACAGUAAAUUGUAUCUGUGUCAUAGUGACAAUGAUGUUCUAACGGAAAAGUAUUUUUAUACUUACAAAUUUAUUUUUGUAGUUUGUGUGCUUAUAAGUUUCCAAGUGCAGUUCAUAAUUUUUGUUCUUUAUUAGAAAACAUUUUAUUUCUUUUCUAAAAAGUAAUUUUAUUUAACCUUUUUGUGAUCACAAUAUGGAAAUAAUUUCUUUUGACAGUCAUUGUGAUAAAUUAAUUAAUCUAAAAAGAAUUAAUUUGUUUGAAUCUGAGUAAUACAUUGAAUGAACUUUUUCAUACAGUGCAUUAUCAGACAGUUGUAAAUUAAUUAGAAUUGAAGAUACCGAAUACAGUUGCUGGUAAUUAAACUAUCUCUUACUUUUAUAAAACACACAUGAUUUGAUAUUCAUAUAUAAACAAUUUUAAUUUUUUUUUUCGCAGUGAGUAAGAGAAAAUAUUUGUGUGCAGUUUAUACAAUUUAAUACUUAUAGAUAGAUAGAAUUAAAUUUUCUUGAUACUCUUAUAAUUUUAAUGAAUAAACACAUGCCUACUAUAUGUGUGAUAGAGCACUGAUCCAAAAAUGUACCUGUAAAGCAAAAAAAAUUGUAUUUAUAAUGUCAAGUCUUUUAAGUGAGUAAAAAUAAAAAUUCAACUUAAUAGUUUAUAUUGAACCAUAUUUUUGCAAUGUGUGUGUGAAACAAAUUAUGAAUGAGAUCAUCUAAAUUUGAUAAUUUCAUGUACUAAAUUGUAAAUACCAUUAUUGUUUAUUCAUUUUCAAAUUUACAAGAGGUCUUUCUAAUAAUAAAUAACAUUGAUUUUACAGUGUGUCUUAGAAUGCAUUCAUUCAUUGUGUAUUGAAUUUAAAUGAAUCUCAUACAUAAAAGGGUAUAUUGUUUCUGCAUUUUGUGAUAACAUAAAGUGAAAUAAAAAAAAUUUAGUUUUGUGUCUUUGUAUGGACAACAAAACAGAAAUAUUAUGAAAAUAUAGUUGCUGAAUAAAGAUGUUUACAACUCAAUCAAAUUUAAAUUAAUCCUUUGGUAAAUGCAUUUAGUAAUAGAUCUAUUCCUUUAACAAAAUGAUCAUAUUUCUACAUUAUUUUAUUUUGCUUCUUUAAAAAAUUUAGUCAACGUAUAAGUAACUUUACACAAAAUGCUCUUUUUUGUAACAUGCUAAUAAGAGCCUAAUUUAAUUCAGAAUAAGUUACUUCUGUAGUAAAAAUUAUUUUGAAUUCUAACCUUCAUAUUAAUCAAUGAAUAAUUAGGUUUUCCAUUAUUUAAUUAUAGCUAUUAUUUGUAUCAAAUAAGAAAAAAAUAGCAAAAUUUUGAUUUUGAAUAGAUUUUCUAUCUUUUUUCUCAUAUUUAUGCCUUUCCAUUUUAAUCUCAUUGCAAAGUGAAUUGAUGUGUUUAUUUCUUACAGCAUGUUUAUGAUAGUUUUUCUAGAGAUCUAACUCAACUACACACAAAUUAUCUCUACCUUUAUGAUUCUUACUCUAGUAACACAUGCAAAAUUGCUUUACAACAAGAUUUUGUGUACUAUUCAGGUAGUGUAGUGAUUUAAAUUUUAAAGUUAUCAAGGAAAGACCCACAGUUAAUACCAAUCAUAAAAGGAAGAGUCUUAUUUCUUGUAAUUAGAAUUUUUCUUCAAAUUUUUAUUACAUUAACAUUUGUCUUCAAACUGUUGAGAAAUCUUAAUUGGGAUGUAUGAGUGAAAAAAGUUUUCUCAGAAAAGUAAACAUAUGCUGUAACAGUGUUUUUCAUCCUGUAAGAUAACCUUAUUCUUGUAAUAUAUGUAACUUGAUUUUUUCAAAAAGAAGUAGUCUGACUAAACUUUACAAAAUUCAUACUAGUGACAAAUAUUAUUCUUGUCGUAUAAGAGUAUAAUAAGAGUUUUUUACAAAGAGAUCUUCUCACUAAGCACAAUAUGGGUGAGAAGCCUUUUUCUUGUAGUAUAUGUAAUAAGAGUUUCUCACAAAAACAUGUACUGACAGGACACAUUCGUGCUCAUACUGGUGAGAAGCCUUAUUCUUGUAGUACAUGUAAUAAGAGAUUUUCAACUAGAGCUAAUUUGACUCAACAUAAUCGUGUUCAUACUGGUGAGAAGCCUUUUUCUUGUAGUGUAUGUAAUAAGAGUUUUACGCAAAGAGGUCAACUGACUGAACACAGUCGUGUUCAUACUGGUGAGAAGCCUUAUUCUUGUAGCACAUGUAACAAGAGUUUCUCACAAAAAAGUACACUGACUGAACACAGCCGUGCACAUACUGGUGAGAAACCGUAUUCUUGUAGUAUAUGUAAUAAGAGAUUUUCAGUUAGAGGUAAUUUGACUCAACAUAGCCGUCUUCAUACUGGCGAGAAACCUUUUUCAUGUAAUCUAUGUCCUAAGAGUUUUUCAGAAAAAGGUUAUUUGACUAAACACAGUCGUCUUCAUACUGGUGAGAAACCUUUUUCAUGUAGUAUAUGUCAUAAGAGUUUUUUGUGUAAAAGCAGUUUGUCUCAACACAGCCGAGUCCAUGCUGGUGAUUUUUCUUGUAGUAUAUGUAAAAAGAGUUUUGCAAGUAAUAGUUAUCUAGCUAAACAUAUCCUCACUCAUACUGGUGAGAAACCGUAUUCAUGUAGUAUAUGUAAGAAAGGUUUUGUGAUAAUGAGUCAUUUGAUUAUACACAGUCGCAUUCAUACUGGUGAGAAGCCAUAUAAUUGUAGUGUAUGUCAAAAGAGUUUUUCAAGGAAGGAUCAUCUAACUAAUCACAUUCGAACUCACACUGGUGAGAAACCCUAUUCUUGUGGCACAUGUAAUAAAAGUUUUUCGCAAAGAGAUCUUCUGAAUAACCACAUUCGUAUUCAUACUGGUGAAAAACCUUUUUCAUGUAAUGUAUGUAAUAAGACUUUUUCAAGAAAGGAUUACCUAACUCGUCACAUUCAUGUUCACACUGCUAAACCAUAUUCUUGUAGGAUCUGUAAUAAGCAUUUCUCAACAAAUGCUAAUCGAACUGUUCAUAGUUUUGUUGACCCUGAUGAGGAACCUUAUUCUUGUUGCACACGUCAAAAUAAUUUUUCCAAUCAUGUCCUGACUCAUGCUGGUGUGUUCACUUUUGCAGCAUGUUUUCAUGUAAUAAGAAUUUUUCCUCAAAUUAUUCACAUUAGUCUUCACACUGUUGAGAAACCUUAUUCAUUCAGUAUGAGUGAAAAAAAAUGUUCUCAGAAAAGUAAGUUUAUUGUACACAAUGCUUUUCAUCCUGUAAUAAAACAUUUUUCUUGUAAUAUAUGUAAUAAGAGUUUUUCAGAAAGUGAUCGUAUGUCUAAGCACAGUUGUGUUCAUACGGGUGAGAAACCUUACUCUUGUAGCAUAUGUAAUAAAAGUUUUUCUCAAAGAAAUGAUUUAUCUAAGCACAUCCGUGUUCAUACUGGUGAGAAACCUUAUUCUUGUAGUAUAUGUAAUAAGAGUUUCUCACAAACAAGUUCACUGACUGUACACUUUCGUGUUCAUACUGGUGAGAAACCUUAUUCUUGUAAUAUAUGUAAUAAGAGUUUUUCACAAAAAAAUAAAUUGUCUAGGCACAGUAGUGUUCAUACUGGUGAGAAACCUUAUUCUUAUAGUAUGUGUAAUAAGAGUUUCUCACAAAGAAGUAAACUGAAAGAACACAUUCGUAUUCAUACAGGUGACAAACCUUAUUCUUGUAAUUUAUGUAAUAAGAGUUUUACUAAAAGAAAUUAUCUAUCUAAGCACAAUCGUGUUCAUACUGGUGAGAAACCUUAUUCUUGUAGUAUAUGUAAUGUGAGUUUUUCACUUAGAAGUACACUGAAUGAACACAGUUAUGUUCAUACUGGUGAGAAACCUUAUUCUUGUAGUAUAUGUAAUAAGAGUUUCUCACAUAGAGGUACACUGUCUAAACACUUUCGUGUUCAUACUGGUGAGAAACCUUAUUCUUGUAAUAUAUGUAAUAAGAGUUUUUCACAAAAAGAUAAUUUGUCUAGGCACAGUAGUGUUCAUACUGGUGAGAAACCUUAUUCUUGUAAUAUAUGUACUAAGAGUUUUACUAAAAGAAAUUAUCUAUCUAAGCACAAUCGUGUUCAUACUGGUGAGAAACCUUAUUCUUGUAGUAUAUGUAAUGAGAGUUUUUCACUUAGAAGUACACUGAAUGAACACAGUUAUGUUCAUACUGGUACGAAACCUUACUCUUGUAGCAUAUGUAAUAAGGGUUUCUCACAAGGAAGUAAACUGACUGAACACAUUCGUGUUCAUACUGGUGAGAAACCCUACUCUUGUAGUAUAUGUAAUAAGAGUUUCUCACAUAAGCGUACACUGACUACACACAGUAGUGUUCAUACUGGUGAGAAACCUUACUCUUGUAGUAUAUGUAAUAAGAGUUUCUCACAUAAACGUACACUGACUACACACAGUAGUGUUCAUACUGGUGAGAAACCUUAUUCUUGUAGUAUAUGUAAUAAGAGUUUCUCACAUAGAGGUACACUGACUGUACACUUUCGUGUUCAUACUGGUGAGAAACCUUAUUCUUGUAAUAUAUGUAAUAAGAGUUUUUCACAGAAAGAUAAAUUGUCUAGGCACAGUAGUGUUCAUACUGGUGAGAAACCUUAUUCUUGUAGUAUAUGUAAUGAGAGUUUCUCACAAAGAAGUAAACUGACAAAACACAGUCGUGCUCAUACUCGUGAUAUAGAUAUAGUAUAGAUUGCUUUAUAAAAUCAAUAUCUUGUUCUUUAAUCUAAACUUUGUCUAAGGUUUCACCAUUUUGUAUUUAUGUUACCAAAAUAUUGCUCUAAUGAAUAUUAUGACAGUUUUUUAAAUGAUUACUUGAUAUAAAUUUUGUUAAUCAUAUUUGCCCAUCUUAGAUCAUGUAAAUAACCAAACUUUUAUAAAAUAACAUAAAUAAUCACGCCAGCUAUUUAAAAAUCAAAAUUAGUAAAUAUAUCUUAAGGUUUUUUUUUUGUAAUUUUAAAAACUAUAUUUUGCUAAUUUAUUAUUUUAAAUAAUGAAAUAUGCAAAUAAUUUUAAUGUGUCAUUCGUACUACCUUUCCAGUUCAUUUUCAUUUCUUAUAAUGGUUCAGUGCAAUUUAAAUGUCUUGAACAAAAUAUUGUAUUUUUUUGUAUAUGGUUAAAAGGAAAUGCACUUUAUUUAAUAUUAAACUUUUCAUGGUGACAUAAUGGUUAAAGAAAUUAAUUUUAAAAAUUCGCAUUAGCCAUUUUUAGAAAUUUUAUUUUUUCUUUUAUUUUUGGAUUAUUUUUUUAUGCAAAAUAGUGUUGUAGCUAUUAUAGUCAUGUUUAUGUUCAGUGAAUUAUUUUUGUAUUUUAUGUAAAAAUAAAGAUGUUCAACAUUUUUAACACUCAUGUUCCUAACGCUGAAAAACCCAAUUUUUGUUGUGCAGAUAAUAAAAUAUUUUCGCAAAAUAGAUAGCA